UUGUUUAUCUACACGUUUGUUCGAUCGAGUGCUGUAUUCGUGCUUUAAACUAGCGAUUACAGAGUUUACGUGUAGCGAAGCUGCUGUGAACAUGGUUUACAAAUGUUGUGUGCCAAGGUGUCGUGGGAAUUACGGAACUGGACCGAAAGUAAUGUUUUCCUUUCCGAAAGAUGCGAAUCUGCGUUGGAAAUGGCUUUCAGCGAUUCAUCGGGACAAUUUCCAACCCACUGAGCACACGAAGGUUUGUGAACUUCAUUUCACCGAAUCUGACAUCUGCCGGCAUACGGAAUGUUAUGGUGAAGUGAAAGGCACAAAGCUUACUGUCAAGCUUUCAAGACCGAGGCUUAGAGAGGGUGCUGUCCCAUCAGUGUUAGCAGGCUGCCCAAGCUGUUUGUCUACUCCAUCCACCAGCUCUCGAGAAAGUGCAGAGGAAAGGAGAGCUAGAUUGGACAAUGAACAUCUUCUACAAGCAAUUAAAGACAGUAUAGUAACCAAAACAGAGUAUGAUUCGAGGAAGUUAUUUUCUACUUUUGAAGCAUUUCUGCAGUGCCUGGAAAGAGAAACCAUUCCCAGUGAAUGGACCAUUGUUAGGAGAAGUGACUGUGUCCUAUUUCUAUUGCUUACUGUAUUGCCUGCUCCAUCUGUGUCUGUAUCUGUUGUAGUGACAAAUGAUUUGCAGUUGUCUGCCUAUCGAAGUAACACUGAGAUAAGAAAGAUAGGCAGUAGAAAAAUACCACACAAACUUUCAAAUAUAAAUGAUUUGUUUACAGUAUUAGACAAAGUGAAGGAAUUAGUCAGUGCAAAAGAAAAUUCAUUAAAAAGCCAGUGCCUUCUUAUACAGGACAUUUUAAAUGACAUGUGCAGUUCUGUAGAUGAAGAAAAACAGAAACAAAUUCAAUUCUUAAGUGAGCAAGUUAAGUUGCUAUGUAGCUGUGAGGAAAACUAUAGGUUUAAUCCUCACUUUUCUGUAUUUUGUUGUAUCCUGCAUUCUAUCUCCUCAUGCCUAUAAAUUUUUGAGGUCAUCUGGCAAUCUUAUUCUUCCUCAUCCAAGAACUUUACAGAAAAUAUGUUCCUCAUAUACUAAUGGUCCUCAUAAUGAACAAAAUGAAGGUGCUAUGCUCCUGUAUAUUAAGGAAAGAUUUAAAUCUUUGCAGGAAAGUGAUUGUACCAUUUCUUUAAUGAUGGAUGAAAUUCAUAUUAAACCUUAUUUUGAUUACAAGGGAGGAAACAUUGUGGGGGCAGCAUUUGAUAGUGACAAGGCUGCUACUACAGCAUAUGUCUUUAUGAUACAAUCAUUGCUGUCUUCUUUUAAAGAAGUAGUGCAUGUCCUUCCAGUUAGAAACCUUAUAGCUGAACAGUUAUUUUUGUAUGUGAAGAAAAUAUUAUGUGGCCUUCAUGACAUUGGUUUCAAAGUUAUUUGUGUAGUUAGUGACAACAAUGCUAUAAAUAGGAAAUCUAUGGCACUUUUUAGCUAACCUCCAAAACUCAGUAUAGUUUACCCACAUCCAACUCAGCCACUAUUUUUUAUAAUUGAUUCUGUCCACAUCCUUAAGUGUAUACGUAAUAAUUGGGCUAAUCAAAAGGACUCUCAAGUUUUGCUCAAGUAUCCACAAUUUGAUGGAAGCAGUGAUGAUAGUCAGGUGUUAAUGGCAUCUUUUGAAGCACUGAGGCAGCUUCAUAAGAUUGAAUGUAAUGGUCUACUUAAGCACUCUUAUGGUCUUUCUUUGAAGUCUCUUUAUCCAUCUUCACUUGAGAAACAGAAUGUGAGCCUUGUUUUACAGGUAUUCAAUGAACAUACAGCUGAAGCCAUUUCAACUGUAGGAGAACAGAAAAACUUGUUACAUUACCAGACCACUGCAGAAUUUAUUAAAAUUAUACUUACAUGGUGGAAAAUUGUAAAUGUUAAGACAGUUCACAAAGGUGUUCGACUAAAUGAUCUCUUCCAGUGCCCUCUGUCUUUAAGUAAUAAUGAUGAAAAAUUAGUUUUUUUGGAAAAGUUUCUUGUGUGGCUCGAUAAGUGGAAGGACUUAGGCCUGAAAAAUAAUACCCUUUCAAAAGAUACACAUAUAGCUCUGACACACACAACCUAUGGUUUGAUUGAGAUGGCAAGGUACUGUACUAAAGAGCUCGGUUUCACUUAUUUUUUGCCUGGAAAAAUUCAAACUGAUUCUCUGGAAGCAAGGUUUAGCAGUUACCGAUCAAUGACUGGCUCUCAGUAUCUCAUAUCUGUGAGACAGAUUUUUGAAGUGGAAGCAAAGAUGAGGAUGCAGAACAUGUUACCACUCAUGUUGAAUUCAAGUACUUUUGGUAAACUGCCUGUUGCAGAAGGGUUCAUCUUUAAUUGUAAUGAUGACGCAAAAGAGACUAUACAAACAGACUGAGUUUAUGGUUGACAUUAUGUAUUUGGAGGAAGAUUUCAGGCAGGCAGAAACAUACCUUCCAAUAUUAACAUAUUUAGCAGGGUAUUGUGUUCGCAGUGUACUGAAGAAACAGCAGUGUGAGGUGUGCAGCAAAUACCUUCUCUUAGACAAAGAAAUGUGUCUGCAUGGUG